AUGGAGCAUGUCGAAGUUCUCGUGGAUCGUGCUAAACAGCUAGUACUCCACGAGCCACCCAGGGCACAAACACACACACACACCGUGGACAAAUUCCACCCAUCUUUGGACGAUCAUAUCCAGGAGAUCUACAAGUCUGUCAAUGCAUAUGCUCCGACUACAGACUAUUUCCUCAAGGAAAUGCAGCAUGACAAUACCGUCGCAGAUUCUCCUGAGCCCGUCACCGAUGCUUUGGCUUCGCUGGAUGCAUUUCGUGAGUACAUGAAAGGUGUGAACGCGUCUGCGAUGGGACCAGAAGAAGCCCUGGAUCUUUCCGCGCCUCUUUCGGAUUACUUUAUCUCGUCAAGCCACAACACUUAUUUGACGGGUAAUCAGCUGUACAGCGACGCUGCUGCUAGUGCCUAUACAUCUGUCCUCCUCCGCGGCUGCAGAUCCGUCGAGAUUGAUGUAUGGGAUGGGGAAUUGGACACCCCAAGCUCAAGUGACGGCGGGAUAGGCAGUGACAGUAGCAGUGAUUCAGAGACUGAAAAGGGGAAGGGUAUGAGGAGCAAAUUGAAAGAAAAGAUGACGGGCCGGAAAAGUGGCCAGGAGAAAAUUGGUAAAGGACAUAAAAAAUCCUUAUCCUCCAAAUUGGAAGCGAAACUUGAUGGCGUCCUUCGUCGCAAAUCUGCCAAGUCGCCCCCGCGGCCAUUGGACGAAGACACCGCGACGAGCCAUAUGCCUAUUCCGGUUGAGCCUCGUGUCAUGCAUGGCCAUACUCUAACCAAGGGGACCACAUUCCGUGAAAUCUGCUAUGCAAUUCGUGACAGUGCAUUUGUUGCCAGUGAUCUUCCAGUGGUUAUUAGUCUCGAGGUACAUGCGUCUCUCGAGCAACAACAGACGAUGGUUGACAUCAUGUCGGAGGCGUGGAAAGGAUUGCUCGUGGAGGCUCCUCCGGAUGGAGAGAAGCUUCCCUUGCUAGCUGAGCUGAGGCGGAAGAUUUUGAUCAAGAGCAAAGGUGUCCCGCUCCAUGGCGAGGACAAGAAACCCGAAGGAGAACCUCUGACGCCGCAGAAUUCCGAGGAAAAGUCCCCGGGACAACAUCCGCCGAAGCCUCCAAAGGUUCUUGAGGCUCUGGCCGAGAUGGCUGUUUAUACUCGCGCCUAUCAUUUCAGUCAUUUCGAUCAACCAGAGGCUAAAUUCCCUCAUCAUGUGUUCUCGCUGUCCGAGAAAGCAGCGCGAGAAGCCCAUGCCAACCAUCGCGAGGCCUUGUUCGAGCACAACCGAACAUCUCUGAUGCGUAUCUACCCGUAUGCAUUCCGAAUCAACUCAUCGAACCUUGAUCCAACAUUCUACUGGCGACGUGGCGCUCAGCUAGUAGCGUUGAACUGGCAAAAGCCGGACAAAGGCAUGAUGCUUAACCACGGAAUGUUUGUUGGAACCCACGGCUGGCGACUGAAGCCCUUUGGCUACCGCAGCAGCAAUUCCCCGAUAGAUAUCAUCGUGCGCCACAACUUAACCCUCUCAAUCGAAGUAUUCGCCGCGCAAGGCCUCUCUCUCCCACCGGGCGACCACAGCGAGAAGGGAUUCAAACCCUAUGUGAACUGCCAGCUGCACGUCGAAGAACCGGACGGCGACAUCACCCCGGGCCAGGACGAUGCCAGCUCCGACACGGAGAAAAGCAGCUACAGGCGGUGCACGAAGAGUUCCGUAGGUUGCAACCCGGACUUCAAGGGCCAGAGAUUGGAGUUCCCGACCGUGAUGGGAAUCAUCGAGGAGCUGAGUUUCCUACGAGCUAAGGCGCAACAAUUUCGAAGACAGAAACAACUAGUCUCGGCCUUACAAUUUCUCGCCAAGGGUGUCUGA